AUGUGUGGUGACACUUGGAGAUCGUGGGAUGUCACGUUUUGCACCUGUCAGGAAUCUGUGACAUUCCUAGUGUGGCCAAGAGAAGAGGGCGAGUUGGAUGACCGGUCAAGAGACUUCCCAGGAAGAACUGUCCAAUGUCUACUACCACAACACGAGGCUGCCCAGAAGUGCCAACGGUAUUGCUUAGUCACCAAUGAUGACGGGCCAUGUUCAGAAGACGAAUCGCCAUUCAUCUAUUCGUUUUCGGAGCUAUUGAUCGCCGAAUUCUUGGGCUCCGAACGCUCGAAGUUGAAGGUCGUCAUCCCAGACUCCCAGGCAUCAUGGAUCGGAAAGUCAUAUCUGAUCAAGAACAAGCUCACUGUGGUAGAUUAUGAUCCAUCAACUCGAACAAAGUCAACAGAUCCUUCGAGUACCGGUCCUACUGCUCUACCAGAUAACCCGUGGAAAUUGGUCUCAGGAACUCCGGCUAGUUGUUCAAAUUUGGGCCUCUUUAACCUCUUCCCUUCCCAAAUCGAUCUCGUCAUCUCCGGCCCAAAUUAUGGUAGAAAUACCAGUAGUGCUUUCAGUCUUUCCUCGGGUACGGUUGGAGCAGCCAUGGACGCGGCAUUAUCCAAUCAUCGAGCAAUCGCAUUAUCAUAUGGAAUCUUCGAGCGACCGAUCUCAGAUGGGUUGCUGAAAGCAGCCAAUCAACUGGCAGUCAAGAUCAUUCGAGAGCUCUGGAAAACUGGGUUUGGCCAGCCCGGAGAUCCAAAUUACCCGGAUCUUUACAGUGUCAACAUUCCAUUAGUGCCAGCGAUUCUAAACGAACCGAAGGUGAUGUGGACGACCGAAUCGCGCACCCGAUACGCGCGACUCUUCCUACCAGCCACGGAUGGAUCGAAGUCGGAGCCGACGCAGCCGGCGGAGAUAGACGAAGCGGCGAGCCAUCUCCAAGACCUCCACUCCAACGACCCCUGCGGCUCGAAUCCGAAGAUCUCCAAGCCACUCCAUGGCCCUCUCGAAUUCGUCUUCAAGCCCGACAUCAGCGCUCUCAUUGAUCCUAACGCACCCGGCCUCCUCGAGGGCUCAGACGCCUGGGCUUUGAAUAGAGGCUUCGCUACCGUCACCCCUCUCUGUGCCGCCUUCAAACCCGCUCCUAGACCUCCUAUACCUGAUCCGACUCAAUCAGCUAGCACUACUGAUCAUGGAGAUUCGGUUUGGAAAUUGUAG